AUGGGCAAAAAGGGUAAAGGAAAAGGCAACAAGCUGGCCAAGAUGUCCGAGGAGGAGCGGGCCCGCUAUCUCCAAAUGCGAGCCGACGCGGAAGAGGAGACGAGGCGCCGGAAAAUGCAGCUCAUUGCGAUGUACAUGAAGAACAAACUCAAGCGGGAGGAUGCAUUCGGGCGGCUGAACAUGGCCAAAAUCAAUCAGGAGUGGCGCAGCAUUCUAAGGCAGGUAAAGAUUCAGGAGCUGCGAAGGGAAAUCGUCGACGUGGAGGCCUUCUUCAAGGAGGCUCUGAAGCGCAAGGACAGUGUAAUACAGCGCCUCAUAGCGCACAUCGGCUCCACGGAGGAUAUGUACGCGAAUCUGCAGCAGUCCCACAUGGAGAAUAUAAGCGGUAUCAUUGGUAUCCACCGGAGUAGGCUGGAGUUCUUUCGGAAUAUCUACGAGGAGGAUAAGCAGGCGGUUCUGGGUGAAUGGGAACAGGACUCGGCUGGCUUCCGGGAAAUGCACGCCCAGAAGCAGCUGGAAUUGGAGUGCGUAUUCUAUCAGGUGGAGGAGACCACCGAUCGGGAGAUCAAGGACAGCCACGAACGAUUCCUGGAUCGGUGUGAGGACCUUAAGAGCGGUAUGCAACUGCAGCUGGAGCAGAUCACCAGCCGUGGCGAGGCCAAACUAGAGAAGCUCUGGCAGGACUACCAGUCGGUUCUCGCUGGCUACUGCCAGCACAUCGAGGGCUUUUACUCCGAAUAUGUGGAUCUGAAGCAGCGCGACGAGGAGGCCGCCCUGCAGAUCAGCCAACAAACCUACGACAUUGAGCACCUGAUCGAUCAGUUGGCAAACCUUCGGCUCGUCUCGGAGGAGUUCUACACUAAGCAACAGGCCCAGCUGGAGCAGCGUCAGGCCAUCAAGCAGCAAUUAACCGACCGCCUCAGAGAGCUGCGCACCUGUGUGGAGCAGGAGGUGGCCAGGGAUCACCAGACCUUCAAGCUGAUGUCCGUGGAGAGCUACAAUGCGCAGGAGACCCUGCAGGGAAUCGUCGGGAAGGGCGAGACCUUGGUUCAGCUAUCGGCGGUCUGUGCGAAAAUGGAAACCCAGCGCGAAAAGAUGUUCCUCCUUCCCGAGCUGUCGCGGGAGAUCAUUGAGAUUCGUGAAGUUGAGGACCGAUCCGACGCAUCUACUGACUUGCUCAAGGAUGAGAUAGGAGUGGUGCCGCAAAUGGACACCUUCUGGCGUCGCGUCAACAAUGUGUCCGUGGACGUGGCCUGCCUCAAGCAGCAGAAGAAGAGGUUGGAGGCGUCCAAUAGCCAACUCAAGGCGGAACUCCAGGAGUACCUGGUCAACCUGAACAUCGGAAAUGGCUCCAACAGCCACAUACACGACUACCUAUCCAGACGGCCCAAGAGCAUGUCUGUGGAUCGCGUCACGCGUCUCCAACUGCAGCCCAAGCAGGUGAAGAGCGCCCUGCCCACUGGCCGCCGCCCGCCCCCUCCCACUCCCCCAAUAUCUCGUCCCAGCCGUGGCCGAGUGGCCGCAUUUGAGGCGAACUUCUCCAACGCGGUUCGAUCCCGAAAUCUAGCAAGGGGACGACCUGAGUUGGCCAGGAUUGAGAAGGCAUCGUAA